UCAAUCUCUGCCGUCAGGUGUGGACCUUGGUCCCCCAUAUAAGAACACUCUCGCCUAUGUUCCUGUGUGAUCGCCGUCAGUCCGGAUCGGUUUCAAACGGAAGUGAGAUAAGGAGACGACCUCGCUCCUUGAGAUUCUCACCAAGAUGGCGGCGCUGGGGCUCGUCCUUCAUCUGGGGCUCCUGGCCUGGAAUGUGUUCGCCAUUUGUCAGAAUUUGCUGGUGUCCAGUUCCGAUCCGUUCCUUGGACACAAUAGUUAUGGAGGCAGGUGGAAGUUCCUGACCUUCCUGAACCAGGUUAUUCAGACCGCAUUCUUCGGUGUCUGCCUCCUGUGCGAUCUUCUCCAGAUUUGCCUUUCUAAUAGGAACCGGUUCUGCUCCGUUCUGACGCGGCUGAAGGACGGCGUCUUUGCUGCACUGGCAUUCCCGAUUGGCGCGUUUGUCUUUACAUCCUUCUGGGGUAUUUACGCCUACGAUAGGGAGCUGGUGUACCCGAAAGAAAUGGACAAAGUCUUUGCACAAUGGCUUAACCAUGCCAUGCACACACUUGUCUUUCCAGUUAUGCUUAUCGAGCUCUUUGCAUGUCCACACCAAUACCCGAGCAAGAAAAAUGGCCUGGCUGUCAUAGCGGUGUUUGGCAUUUCGUAUGUGUCAUGGGUGCACUGGGUGCAUCAUGCAGCGAACAUCUGGGCCUAUCCCAUCCUGGCCAAGCUGGAUGCAGUAGGAAUGCUGGUGUUUUUUGGAUCAUCGUUCGUAAUUGUAUUCACUUUCUACCUCCUGGGAGAGGGGCUGACACGACUGCGCUGGGGCUCUGAACGUCCUGAUAGAAAGAAGAAGAAAAAGAAAAGCAACUAAAGUCAAGAAUUCAGAACAAAUGAUUUAUUUUAGCAUUUUAUUUUUUUUAAAUUAACAAGAAGAAUCCAUCCUCCUCUUACUGGAGGAAGGUACAACUGCAACCCCACAACGUUGGUAAGGAUACUUUCACACUAGAGUUAUUGAAAUCCGGUAAAGGGUCUCAAUACCAGGAAAAAACCGCAUCAGUUUUGUCCUAAUGCA